CUUAAUUCAGACAUAGAAUAAAUAUCUGUGAUUCAAUUUUAUAAUAGGAAAUUUUUUUUUGUACAAAGGAACUUGUACUUCUGAUAUGUUUCAUUUACUAUAUGAAAGCUUGGACGAGUCUAACAGAAGCGUGUCAAGUUCACACCGACCUGUCAUCAGAUGGUUCAGUCCGAGGAUGGCUGCUGCUGUCGGGGUAAAUAAACAGUCGAGUGCAGCGGUGAUGGACGCGUGUGUGAGACACGGCCGCGGUACAACUACUACUGCAGUGAAGGUGUUGGAGUGCGGUGUCUGCGAGGAUGUGUUUUCACUGCAAGGCGACAAGGUGCCCCGUCUGCUGCUGUGUGGACACACGGUGUGUCACGACUGCUUGACCCGUCUGCCUCUUCACGGCAGGGCAGUGCGCUGCCCCUUUGACCGACAGGCCACAGAGCUGGGAGACUCGGGUGUGUGGGGCCUGAAGAAGAACUUUGCUUUGCUAGAAUUGCUUGAACGGCUGCAGAAUGGGGCCAGCAAUCAGUCCGGCAUGUCUGAGGAUGUGCUUCGAGAGAUGGGCGAGUGCAUUAUCCGCUGUGACGAAGAUGAGACUCACACUGCUUCCAUGUACUGCACUGUUUGUGCCACACAUCUGUGUGCGGAGUGCUCCCAGCUCACCCACUCCACCCGAACACUGGCCAAACACCGGCGUGUGCCGCUGGCUGACAAGCCCCAUGAGAAGAUGCUCUGUCCACAGCACCAGGUGCACGCCAUUGAGUUUGUCUGCCUGGAAGAUGGCUGCCAGCCUGGGCCGCUCAUGUGCUGCGUGUGCAAGGAGUACGGGAAGCACCAAGGACAUAAGCAUGCUGUGCUGGAGGCUGAAGCCAACCAGAUCCGAGCAUCCAUCCUGGACAUGGCACAUUGCAUCCGUUCAUUCACAGAGGAAGUGUCAGAAUACUCCAGGAAACUGGUGGGCAUCGUGCAGCAGAUUGAAGGAGGAGAGCAGAUCGUGGAGGACAGCAUGGGCAUGGCUCACACUGAACAUGUUCCAGGAACAGCAGAAAGCGCCCGGUCUUGCGUGCGUGCCUAUUUUGCGGAUCUCCACGAGACGCUGUGUCGUCAGGAGGAGAUGGCUCUGAGCGUGGUGGAUGCACACGUCCGAGAGAGACUGAUCUGGCUUCGACAGCAGCAGGAGGAUAUGACCAUACUGCUGUCCCAGGUGUCCACUGCCUGUCUGCACUGCGAGAAAACCCUGCAGCAGGAUGACUGCAGGGUCAUUUUGGCGAAACAGGAGAUCAACCGACUACUAGAGACACUUCAGAAACAGCAGCAGCAGUUUACAGAGCUGGCCGACCACAUUCAGCUGGAUGCAGGCAUCCCCGUUACUUUCACCAAGGACAACCGUGUGCACAUUGGUCCAAAAAUGGAGAUCCGAGUUGUGACUUUGGGAUUAGAUGGAGCUGGCAAAACUACUAUUCUCUUCAAACUGAAGCAAGAUGAGUUUAUGCAGCCCAUACCGACUAUAGGAUUUAAUGUAGAAACUGUUGAAUACAAAAACCUGAAAUUCACCAUUUGGGAUGUGGGUGGCAAGCAUAAACUCCGUCCUCUGUGGAAACACUACUAUCUGAACACACAAGCGGUGGUGUUUGUGAUUGACAGCUGUCACAGAGACCGGCUGAUGGAGGCUCACAGUGAACUGGCCAAACUGCUGACAGAGAAAGAGCUCAGAGAUGCUCUGCUGCUCAUCUUCGCCAACAAACAGGACGUUCCCGGCGCGGUGUCUGUGGAGGAGAUGACGGAGCUCCUGAGCUUACACAAACUGUGCUGCGGCCGCAGCUGGCACAUCCAGGGCUGUGACGCCCGCAGCGGCAUGGGUCUACACGAGGGGUUAGACUGGCUCUCACGCCAGCUGGUGGCCGCAGGAGUUCUGGAUGUGGCCUGAAGGACGCUCAACCACAUUUAAUUGACUUAAAACUCAAGCUGGUCCAUGCCAUUUGCAGUCACCCUGCUCAUGUUUACCCACACUACCACAUCAUACCAUCAUACAUUAGUAGACUCGCUGCUGUGUGUGUUCGUGGCUCAAUGGUGUACAUAAGUGGAGCUUAUAUAGGAGUGAUUUAAGCGAGGACUCCAGGUUAAAUACAAGGCAACAUGCAGUGGCAGAUGUUGUUGCUUUGGAUGUCCCAUAGACCUUCACUAUACAUGUUUUACAGUAAAAAAGUAUUUUUGUUGGUUUUUACAGUGUCCCAAUACAUUCACAGAUGAUGUUCAUACAUGUAUAUUUAACCCGGACUGUUGCUUUAAAAAAAAGUUGACGAACAUUACUAAACUUACUGUCCCUUCUGUCAAAACAAGUCAAAUUUGAUGAAAAUGUACUCACCCUCUGGCCAUGCAAGAUUAUAUCACUUUCUCACCAGUGGAUCCUCUGUAGUGAAUGGGUGCCGUAAAAAUAAGUCUAAACAGCUGAUUAAAACAUCACAAAAAUCCACAAGUAAUCCACACAGUCUAUCAAUUAAUGACUGGUGAAACUAAAAGCUGUGUGUUUCUAACAUUAAGACAUGUUUAACCAUUGCUUCUAGCCCCCCCCCAAAAUGCUUCCUCUUUCGCUGUUGUCUUCUCACAUUAAAAUCCACCCACAUAUUCAUUUAGAACCGUGUCGGACUGUUUUAGCUUGUAAACCGUGCUUGAUCUGGGGUAUUUCUCUCUAUUUUUCACUAUAGAAAGCAAUAUUAUGGAUGCAGCUAAAAUGUCUUGAACUCUUAUCUUACAAACACACAACUUCACAAGAUGUUAACUGAUGGACUGGAGUGGUGUGGAUUAUUGUGAUGUCUUAUCAGCUGUUUAGACUCAUUCUGACGGCACCCAUUCACUGCAGAGCAUCCACUGCUGAGCAAGUGAUGCAAUGCUGCAUUUCUUCAAAUCUGAGGAAGAAACAAACAAACUCAUCUACAUAUCAGAUGGUAAACUAUUCCUUUAACAUCUAGUUUAUGAUACUCUUUUAAUGGUCAGUUCACUCAUUUUGGUCAUUUGUGUAAUAUAAACUAAUGCCUGGAGAUAUUUAGCGCAUAUGUAUAGUAGAUGUGCAAAAUAGACUGGUCAUUUCUGUACAGACGCCCUCAUGAAAUCCCUAUAGUGUUCUGUGAAAACAACACAAGGUUUAAAUAGGUCUAUUAAAUGUUUUAAUCGUAGGCAAAGCCCCUUAGGUCUGGAUCAAACUAAACAUAAAUCACCAGAUUCAUGGGUUCUGCAAUGAGAAGUGCCUGUUCAUGUGACAGAUUAGCUACUAAAAUAGUAAGAAAGGAUUUGUGAUCAAAUCCAUUGCCAUUGUUCCAAAGUUACAUGCAAGCAAUGGGGUGAAUUUCACAAAACAUGUAAAUAACAUGAAUUACGGUACAGUUUACAGUUAUUACAGUAAUUAUUACAUCUGUUUUAGGAGCUUUGAGAGGUUUUUGGUUGUAACAUUUUACCCUCAUAAUCUUAUUAAUGGAAUGUAAUAAAUCUAAUUCUCAUACAUGUGAAAUGCUACACAUGGUAGUAUUGUCAUCAUGGAUUGUUAUUAAAAUAAAUCAUAGUACAGUAAUGAAAAUCAUAAUUGGCAAUGAGAAUUUCAGCACAUUUGUAUGGAGAAUAAUGUGCUUAAUCUUUAUGAAAAUGUCAAUGCUAAAAAAAUUUUGAAUGUUAGAGAAACAAGCAGUAUAGUUCUUUUUUUUUUUUUUUUUCUCUUCGGUUAUGCAAAAUUGAAAUUAUUCUGGGGGUGAAAUGUGACCAAAAAUUUAUUUUUGUGAGAUUCACCCAGAGGCAUACCAUUAAUCUUUUGUUGUUGUUAUGGGUAUCGUUAAUUUUUGGCUUUAAAUGAGCCUGUAACUAUUUAUUGAAAUGUACUUUGUGGUCUUAAGACUGGUGCAUAGUUGUACAGUAGGUGUAUUUUCACAUGGAGAGAUGGAUGUAUCUGUUACAACAACAACAAAAAAAUGUUACUGAUUAUUUAUAUUUUAAAGAAGCAUUGUACUUGUCAAAGAAAAACAAAUGUAUAAACUCGCUCAUUGGUCCACUUCUUAUCAAUAUGUCAAUUCUUAUAAUCUUAACAAAAGCAAACACUGUUACAUGAUAUUAAUAUUGUUUCAUCAGUGUACUUCAGCUAGAACACAGACGUGGCUGUAUGUAAACGCUCCAUUAUUUGACACAUUAUCUGCAUUAGUUGGUUUUAGGAACCAUCCUUUGGUCUGAAACAUUGAUCCUCAUUGCUAUGUAAUGUUGUCUAACUGUACUUAGAUAAACGCAUUUGUGAAGCCUUUCCCUGUCCCCUUUGCAGGAGGAUCUGAAGUUUUUGUCAUUAAUGUGAGUUUUAGAAGCCUCUCAAGAAGCACAGUGCACAUGUUUGUUGUUGAUUUGAUGAUGGCUUUUUGUAUAUCCAUUCAUAAUAUAAUGCUAUUAAAAACAAAGCUGAAAAACA